AUGGGAAACAAAGGAUCUAAAGGUGCCAAGAGUCUUCGUCCACCUAUCAAGAGUGACUCGCGUGGUUUCAAGUUUAGUAAUUACGCCAAUGGCGGUCGUGAUGCUGGCAAAAGUGCCCCUGCUGCACCUUCGAACCCAUCGAACGGACCUGCAUCGGCGUCCGUCCAGUCACAACAUACUCAGCAACAGACACAACAAAAUCAACAACAGACGGAGGAAGAAUCCGAUCUAGAAGACGAUGACUCUGGUCCGAUUGAACAGGUGACAAUUGAAGACAUGGACGGCCCUGCACGGCCCCAGACCAAGGUGAACGUAGAAGACUUUGAUCUGCUCAAGGUCUUGGGCAAGGGAAGCUUUGGCAAGGUGAUGAUGGUACGCAAGAAGGAUACCAAGAUGAUCUACGCCAUGAAGACCUUGCGCAAGGCUGCGCUCGUCAAGCGUAACCAACUACUACACACCAAGACGGAACGCAGCAUCUUGCAAAGCAUUAAGCACCCGUACCUGACCAGUCUCACAUACGCCUUCCAGACGCCUGAUAAGCUCUACCUUGUCAUGGACUAUUGCGGUGGUGGUGAGCUUUUCUUCUGGUUGAAGAAGGAACGCCGUUUCUCUCAGCAGAAAGCGCGUCUGUUUGCCGCUGAGAUUAUCCUUGCUCUUCAAGAACUACACAAGCACGACAUCAUUUACCGUGAUUUGAAGCCUGAGAACAUCCUGCUCGACUUGGAGGGCCACAUUCGCCUAACAGACUUUGGUCUCUCGAAGGAGGCGGUCACAGGUGCCGGCGCCACCGGUGGCACUAAGACGUUUUGCGGUACGCCUGAGUACCUGGCCCCAGAGAUUCUGGAAAACAAGGGCCACGGCAAGGGUGUGGACUGGUGGAGUCUAGGAACGCUGAUCUACGAGAUGUUAACGGGUCUCCCGCCCUUUUACGACCAGAACAUGCAGCGCAUGUACGACAAGAUCCUGAACGCGCCGCUGCGUUUUCCGUCUUUCAUGUCCGCAGAGGCCAAGGACCUGCUCACUGGUUUGCUGACGCGUAAGGUGUCGGACCGUCUUGGAAGCGGCCCCACGGAUGCCGAGGAGAUCAAAUCCCACCCGUUCUUCAAGGGCAUUGACUGGGAAGCUGUUUUGCGCAAGGAGGUGCAGCCGGAGUUCAAGCCGCCUAACCGGUUGGGUUCCAUGGACACGAGCAAUUUCGACGUUGAGUUUACUGCUGAAAAGCCAGUGGAUUCUGUCGUGACUACGACAAUGAGCGAGACCCAGCGCAACAAGGCGCAAUUUCCUGGUUUUACGUACAACGCGGAUACUAUCGAUGAAGACCAUAAGGGCAACUAG